AUGAUGAGCUUCCUUUCUCUCCUCUCUUCAUUAUCCGUUCAUAAUACUACUAUUGAUUCUUAUUUUAAGAGAAAGAAUAGUGAGUCUUUGCCCUCGUCUACUCCUAAUGUUGAAUUGUCAAAUACUGAGACUCCUUCUUCAAAGUCUCCUAGAAUUGAAAAUAAAGAGGCAGUUAAAGAAGUUGAUCUUGCUUCAUUGGAAAGAAAUCCUGCACUACGUCCUCCAAUAUGGAAAUAUCCUAUAAAUCAACAAGAUGAAAUUCGUCGUGCUUAUCUUAAACUUGGUCCAUUUCAGUGCAAGCUUCAAAAUUAUCCUUUCUUUGGGCCAAAGAAUCGACGUCAUUUUUGCUCUUCUUGGUUUGAUUUGUUUCCGUCUUGGUUAGAGUAUUCUCCAUCUAAAGAUGCUGCAUUUUGUUUGCCAUGUUAUUUAUUUAGUAAACCAUGUGGCAAUGGUCGUUCUGGAGCUAAUACAUUUGUUGUUGAGGGAUUUAGAAAUGGAGAAAAUUGUGCUUUUCUACGCCAUGUUGGGAAAAAUAUUAUCUCAAUGCAUAAAAAUACUGUGAGUUCAUGUAGUGAUCUUAUGAAUCAAUCUCAACAUAUUGAGACAUUCGUUGAAAAACUUACUUCUCUGGAGAUUGCAACUAAUCGUUUGAGACUACAAGUUUCUGUGGACGUGACAAGAUGGCUUGUUCUUCAAGGAUGUGCUUUUAGAGGUCAUGAUGAAAGCUUAGAUUCAAUUGAUCGCGGUAAUUUUCUUCAGAUGAUAAAUUUUUUAGCUUCCUAUAAUCAAGAAGUUGCAGCAGUUGUUUUAGAAAAAGCUCCUCAAAAUGCAUCAUAUAGUUCCCCUCAAAUUCAAAAGGAAAUUCUUCAUGUUUUCUCUGAAAAGGUAAAGAAAACAAUACGAGAAGAAAUUUCUAAUGCCAAGUUUUGUCUUAUUGUUGAUGAAGCUAGUGAUGUAUCUAAAAAGGAGCAUAUGGCUAUUGUUUAG